AUGACCUUUACCGAACCCCUACCGCCCGUAACAGCCAAGACGGACCCGGACAGAACAGACUACUCAUCCGAUCACCCGUCGACGAUCCAGCAAUCUGAUCCUGAGAAGGGCGCCGGCGCCGAUUCGCCCGGUGGAGGCGCGAAGCCGUCGUACCCCGGAAGCGAUGCGCCGGACGGCGGCGCGACGGCCUGGCUUGUGGUUCUUGGAGCGUGGUGCACAUCCUUCUGCAGUUUCGGUUGGGUCAACAGCGUUGGAGUUUUCCAGGAAUACUACCAGACCAACUUGCUCAGCAACUACUCGGCGAGUACCAUUUCAUGGAUCCCUUCCCUUCAAAUCUUCUUUAUGAUGGCUUUGGGCCCCGUCAUCGGCCAAAUAUACGACAACCAUGGCCCUCGCUGGCUGAUUCUGAUCGGCACCUUCCUUCACGUCUUCGGUAUCAUGAUGACGUCCCUCUCGACCAAGUACUGGCAGAUUCUUCUCGCCCAAGGCAUCUGCUCCGCCCUUGGCGUCGCGGCAAUCUUCCAGCCCGCGCUUAACACCAUCCACGGCUGGUUCAACGUCAACCGCGGCGCCGCCUUUGGUGUGCUUGCUACCGGCUCCAGCAUAGGCGGCAUCGUCUUCCCCAUCAUGGUUACACGACUAAUCAAGUCCGUCGGCUAUGGCUGGACGAUGCGCAUCUGUGCCUUCAUGAUUUUCGGCCUGCUCAUCAUCGCUAACCUUACCGUCAAAGCAAUUCACCCGCCACGCCCGCAGAAGUUCACCCGAGAGCAGCUUCUCCGCCCCUUCAGGGAGGCUGAGUUUGUGUGUGUUACCAUAGGCUUCUUCCUCAUCACCUACAGCAUCUAUGUUCCCAUCACCUACAUCCAGGUGCAGGCGCUUGCGGCCGGCAUGGACCCCAACCUAGCGCAAUACCUUGUCGCCAUGCUUAACGCUGGCAGUCUGUUCGGGCGCAUCGGCUCAGGCAUCCUGGGUGAUAGGAUUGGAAGGUACAACAUCUUUAUUGUGGUGUGUUACCUCACCGCGAUCUGGGUGCUCGCGCUCUGGAUCCCUGCCAGCACAGAUGGAGCGCUGAUUGCAUUUGCCGUGCUCUUCGGCGUCUGUUCCGGCGCGUAUGUGUCCUUGAUUGCACCGCUCGUGGCUCAGAUCUCGCCGGUCCACGAGAUUGGCUUCCGGACGGGUAUCACGUUCUUUACCAACUCUAUUGGUGGUCUGACGACGAACCCAAUCAAUGGUGCAAUUUUGGCUGGCUCUGGCGGAUGGGUUGGCAUCAAGGUCUUCUCUGGAGUAUUCUGUAUCGCGGGUACAACGUUCAUCCUCGCAGCUAGAAUUCACCGGACCGGUUGGAAGUUAGUCGCUGCAUUUUGA